AUGAAGCCUUCACUAUGCUCCCUCACCUCGCUCGCCUUCUACUCCCUGCUCACUUCGGCCCAGGCCCAACAAUACACACUCUCGGACUACUACAACCCCAGCAGCUUCACCUCCCAAUUCAUCUUCUUCACGGGCGAUGACCCAACGCACGGCUACGUAAACUACAUCUCCGAGUCCGCGGCGUCGGCCGCCGGCAUCUUCAGCACCACCUCCUCAUCAAUCCGCCUAGGCGUCGAUUCAACCAACAUCCCCUCGGCCUCCGCUCGAGGGCGGGACUCCGUCCGCGUUGAGUCGACCAAGACUUACAACGCCGGCACCCUCAUCAUCCUCGACGCUACACACAUGCCUGUUGGCUGUGGGACGUGGCCCGCCUUCUGGCUUUACGGUCCAAACUGGCCUACCAAUGGGGAGGUGGACAUUAUCGAGGGUGUCAAUACACAAGGCAGAACUCGUUUGCUGCGCACACGAAUGCUGGGUGCUCGAUCUCGAAUAGCCCGCAGCAGUUUCUGGGCGACGAAUGCUGGCUGUGGCGUCGUCUCCAGCCAAGGCGGCGCCUCUUACGGCGCGGGCUUCAACGCGAAUGGUGGUGGCGUGUACGCUACGCAGUGGACGGAUGAGGCGAUCAGCAUUUGGUUCUUCCCUCGCGGGAACGUGCCGGGUGAUAUUUCAUCUGGCUCACCUAAUCCCUCAAGCUGGGGCCUACCACAAGCCAGAUUCGGUGGCUCAGGCUGUGAUAUUGGACAGCACUUCAGAGAUCAGAAAAUCGUGAUCAACACCGCACUAUGUGGUGACUGGGCAGGCAAUGUCUGGAGCCAGGAUGCGACGUGCUCGGCGAAAGCAGCAACUUGUUCGGAUUUCGUGCGGGACAAUCCAGGGGCGUUUGCGGACGCGUACUGGGAGAUUAGUUCGUUGAAGGUGUACCAGAGCAAUGGCAAUGCGUCGCCAUCGUCGACGGCUGUGCAGCUGCCUAGCACUCUUAGCACAGUCACGACGGUUGCCACUUCGUCUUCGGCGGCCGCCACGACAGCGGAUACCACGAUCAUGGCGCCAACGACGACACCCGAUACGACGACGCUACCUCCCUCGACAUUCGCCACGAGUACAAUCACUGUACCAGCGACAUCGUUUUCUACCUCAACGAUUACUGUCGAAGAAAGCACUCCUGCAGUCGUGCCUCCGACACCUUCCGCGCCAGGGGAGACAGCGCCACCAAUGACGUCGGCAUGGGCCGAUUCCACCCCAAGCGACGCCCCAUCAUGGACCGGAGGUUAUCGCGGAGGAGGCGGCGGGCGAUGGGGCGGGGCCGGCGGUGGCGGUGGCGGUGGCCGUUGGGGACCACCGCCGGUGACGAGGACAUUGCUCGGACCUGAUAGGAUGAACACUUACGAAUUUCCUUUACUUUAG